AUGGCUUUCGCUUCUACCGUUCCUUUGGUCUUCACUCAACUGAACUUUUCUCAAUUGGUUUCGGUGAAGAUGGACGGUACCAACUACCUUAACUGGGUCUCACAGCUGCAACCUGUUCUACGUAGCAAUGAUUUACUCGGAUUUGUGGAUGGUUCUGAACCCUAUAAAGUUCUUCCUUCUGUUUUUGGUCUCACCACUGCCAAACCAGUGUGGGACUCUCUGGCCAAACGUUAUGCAUCUCACUCACCUGCCCAUGUCCAACGCCUUAAGCGCCAAUUACAGACACUGCAGCAAGGAAAUAGGACAUGCACUGAAUAUUUAGCUACUGCAAAAUCUCUUGCCGAUCAACUUGUAGUUAUUGGUAAGCCAGAAAGUGAGAAUGAUCUUCUCUUUUACGUGAUGGAAUUACUUUCUUAUGAGAUAAUGAUUGAAAACCAAGCUCACUUAUCCUCCAUAGAGCAACCGACAUUUGCUAUGAUUGCUGGUAGAAAUUCACAUGAAGGAGGGCAGUGGCAUAACAAAUCAAAUUAUCCUCCUAAAAGCUCUCCAAGAUAA